CCCCUCCCUCUUCCCAGUACAUUAAUACAUGCGCACUUUAUUUUCUGUGCUCCUCGAUAUCACCACUACCCCAUUUUCCCUUUCUCCUGCUGAAUACAGUGAAUACCCAGUUUCUGGGUCACAAACUCCUGCUGUAAAAAUGGCAGACUCACAGAGUGUACCACCAUGCAAACUGCAUCGUCUGUUCAGGGUUUAUGAUCCUGAGGUUGUAGCGGUUAUGACAAUAUUACUUGGACUGUUCCAAAUGCUUCUGGGACUUCCAACUUACUACAUGAGCUUGAACAUAAAAGUACUACAUUUGUGCCCAGUUUUCGUCGGAGCAGUAUUUGUGGCUGGAGGAGCAUUUGCAAUGGCAUGUGAAAGAACUCCUAACAGGCAGCUGAUGAAAACCUGUGUUUAUGCCAGUGCCUUUGGGCUGUUGGUGGGAUUGUGUGCCAUUAUUGUUUAUGCCUAUGCAGUCAAUGACAUAAAAUCUGUAGAAGUUUGUGAUCACAACGUAGUUCGGCAAAGUGGUUGUCAAAAAGACGAAGUCAUUGAAUAUUUCAUAUCAGUCUCUGCAUUGCUUUUGAUUUAUGACAUCGGAGCACUCACCCUUCAAGGCCUCAUUUUAUUUUCAGCUAUGAAAGGUUUGAAAACAAGCUGAAUAUACAGUAUUCUUACAUAAGUGAAUAUACAGUAUUCUUACAAAUGUGGAGUAUAACUCAGAAAUUUAAAUGUUUGUUCAUGUAUUUUUUUAAUUUUGCACUUUUUUUUUAAAUAAAAGUGACAUUAUCUUAUUCUAUUACUAUUACUACUAUGUUUACUUUUUAAAAUGUCACUUUUAUUUAAAAAAAAGUGACAUUUUAAAAAGGAAACAUAGUAGUGUACACAGAAAUGUUCUCCAUUUAAUGUGGAGACCACAUACAGUAUGACUUGUGUGUCUUCUACUCUGUAUGUCUUCGACUUUAGGUAAAGUCAUUUUGGAUUGGUGUUGUAACUAUUCAUAACAUUUUACAUUGUUUUCAGGUUUUGUGGGUGCUUAAAAUACACAGAGCCUGCUUUACUAAUUUGUAUAAUACCAUCAUAUACAGUAAUAUGAUAUGUGAAACAAUACAGAAGCUCUACACAGUACCUACAUAAAUUGCAUUGAUUAUAAUGCAGUAAGUGUAAGAUAGGCAGUACAGGCAGAACAACAGAAGAUUAAUAUGAAUAAGAUGAUGCACACUGUAAAAUAGUAAAUGAUAAAUUGAAUAUACAGCAUAUCUGUUAUUAGCUUGUAAUAAUAAGAUGGCAAAACUCAAUAAAAAUAAGGAAUAAGAAUUAUUAAAAUGAUUUCACUGUU